AUGUGGCAACCAGGGCCCAGUCGACAAGGGCCCAGUCAAUCAAGCAGGUGGCAAUCAAGGUUCAGUCAAUCAAGUAUGUGGCAACCAGACCCUUACCAAAUAGGCCUGAGACAACCUGCCCCAUGGCAACUAGGCCCAAGCCAACAAGGUCUGAGGACACCAGGCAUGGAAAAAUCAGGCAUGAAUCAACUGCAACGAGGCCCAAAUCAAUACAGCAGUAUUCAUUCAGGCAUGUGGCAUCCAGGUCCUAGCCAACUAGGUUUCAGGCAACUGGAUCCAAGCCAAUCAGGCAUGAGGCAACCAUUUCCAAGUCAAGUAGGUAUCAGGCAAGAAGCCCCAAGCCAAUCAGACAUGCAGCAGCCAUGCAAUGAUUCAUUCCUGGUAAGACCUGCGGAAGCACGUGACUGCCCAGAAAUCCUGCACCUAAUUAAAGAAUUGGCUGCCUGUGAAAAUAUGCUAGAUGCAGUUAAGCUAACAACAACAGACUUACUAAGGGAUGGCUUUGGGGACAAUCCCCUUUUCUAUUGUCUCAUUGCAGAAGUACACAAUGAACAAAAACCAUCAGGCAAAAUGACUGUUGGAUAUGCUAUGUACUACUUCACAUAUGACCCCUGGAUCGGCAAGUUACUUUACCUAGAGGACUUUUAUGUUAUACAAGCUUACCGAGGUCUAGGUAUUGGGGCUGCACUGCUGAAGAGACUAAGUCAGAUAGCCAUCAGAAGCCAAUGUAACUGCAUGCAUUUACUUGUCGUCAUUUGGAACCAGGCUUCUGUUGAGUAUUACACUCGUCGAGGGGCUUCAGACCUUUCCUCUGAGGAGGGCUGGCAUCUGUUCAGGUUUAACAGAGAAGAGCUCAUGGACAUGGCAGGGGGAGAGUGGUAAACAACUCAUCAUAACUUGUCUCAAAAUAUGCUUCAACAUCUGAGUAUCAUCUUACUGAAGGCUGAGUGUUGUACAAUACAGCAAGUGAUCAAAUACUGGUUUGAAAAGACCUUUUAAUUAUAAACAGACUUUGCAGAUGCAGUCA